AUGACGAUAUGUACUUACAACGCACGUACGUUUGCAUCGGAAGCGGCCAUCGAAGAUCUCAUGAUGCAAGCCAAGAAGAUUAAGUACGACGUCAUCGGACUGAUCGAGACGAGACGACGUCACCCUCUCAACGCCGUAUAUGAAACUGGAGAAGAAGUGUUCUUAGGAACAUGCGACAGUAGAGGUGUUGGUGGAGUUGGCGUCCUCGUCAACACGAGUAUGGCAAAGAACAUCGACUCUUUCAAACAUCUUAUGAUCCGAAUCAGACGUCUGCGGAUGAGAAGAUGUGGUCCAACUCCAGCUUUGACGAUCUUCGUCGCUUGCGCUCCAACAUCAACCCACAGAGAAGAAGUCGAAGCUUUUUUAUAUGGGUCUAGAGAAGUUCUAGAAAAAGGACCACACCUUCUACAAGAUCAUAAUUGGUGA